AAGGACCAGUCGGGGAGCCAGAAAAAAUGCAGCACAGCUCGGUCCUGUCGGCGUGGUUCCGGCUGGAUCCGUUUUGCAGGCUGUUUGGGAGCACUUAAAACGGGCGCAGAGCCGACACAAGAAUGUGCAGUUUUCAGAGGGGCGGAGACAAGCCCGCCUCGCAUCCAUAGCGAGUAGCGGCGUACAGCAGGCAGCCUGACUGCGGGCUGCUGUGCAGACUAAGUUUACAAUAGGAAACAAUACGGUCUCUCUCGGUUCUUCUGGCCCAUAAUGGGUGGACGUUUUUCGGCUGCAGAGACGAGUCACACAGUCCCGGUGGGCGUUUGUUUUCGGCGGUGCUGAACUCACCAGAACCGUCCAUGGUGAAGUGACACAGGGAAUCGAACAAGUGACCCGCCUAACAUAGUUUUCAGAGAGACGCAACAUUGUAACCAGGAGGAAACAGCGCAAGGGUUGCAUCAAACGCCUGGUUUUCCUCCGCGGCUGUUUCCUCUGUGGGGUGGCGAUGAAAAGUGGACAGUCUGGUUUGUUUUCUCCAGCCACUUCCAGCCUGCAUGGAACAAAGUGUGCUUUCUGAAACAUAACCUGCGCCCGCGACUGAGGCGGUUUGUCAGCGGGUUUUUAUAUGUCGUAACGUUGCCCGUCGAGAGUCCAGCUUCUGCCGACAGUCAUCAUGAGGACCACCGAGGAGGCGGAGGGCUUUGACGGCGAGGCCUCCAACACUUCCAUGAUCUCCGGGGCCAGCAGUCCCUACCAGCCCACCACCGAGCCCGUCCAUUCAAGGAACGUGUUGGGGGGGAUAAGGUGCGACGUGGAGUACCUCAAGUCCUACUUUGGGAUUUUAAAGGUGGUUGAAGUGGUCCUAUCACUUAUUGGAUUCAUCUGCAUAGAGACCAUCAUGAUGUGUUCUCCCUGUGGAGGGGUCUACUUCUUCGAGUUUGUCAGCUGCAGUGCCUUUGUGGUGACAGGAGUCCUCCUCCUCAUCUUCAGCCUCAACCUGCACACCAAGGUGCCCCAGGUCAACUGGAGCCUCACGGACCUGGUUAACACGGCUGCCAGCACCACCUUCUUCUUCUUGUCAUCUCUUGUGUUGGCCUGCAUCAACCACAACACUGGAGCUGAAAUAGCAGCAGUGAUCUUUGGCUUCCUGGUGACAGGUGUGUAUGGAAUAAACACCUUCCUGGCUGUACGGAGGUGGCGCCGUGGCAAUGGGUGUCCGGGGGCAGCUCAGACCAGUGAGUACAUGCGAGCGCGUACGGCAUCUCGUGGAGAAAUGGAGGCGAGACCCGAGCUUGCGUGAGUGCAGACAAUCAGAGAGACUAAAGGAAAGCCUCACUGCCGGCAGCUGAUGGAGAUGGACUCUGCCUUCAGAACAGUAUUUUAUCCUACUCGUGAGUGGAAGGGCUCAUCUCAAGCUCGCCACAUGCUUUUGACUUCUCAUUGUAACACCUCAGCUGUGCUCUCUGCCCGCCCAGCCACUGAAUACAUCUUCAUUUCUUGGCCACAGAUGAGCUGUGUGGCUUUGUUUAUCAGGCUUCAGUGACACAUUAAGACUCCAAAGUGAAGAGCUCCAGUCAGAGUUAAAGGUAUUCUCUGUAAAACUUUUCAUCCACAUCACUUUAAAGUCAGUAUGAAGGGUGACUUUCACAAAGAGCCAAAAAUAAAAAAGGCUAACCUCACUCCAACUGUGCACCAACUCCUGUUCUGGUGUAGGUGUUGACUUUUAAGAAAGUUUUGUGUUUCACUGUGAAGAGUUUCAGAAGGUUAGCUUUUGCACAGUUUGCUUUUAUUAUUUCAUGCCGCUGUCUGUGAAGUCUGUGGUAAUAAAUGUGAUUGUGGAUCCAGGAAGCCGCUGGACCAGCAGCGUACAGUAACCUGCAGCACAACGGAAGCACCGAGACUUCAGUGCUCUCUCCUAGAGACUGACACCAGCCUUUGGUUUCUCACUGUGAGUAAGGCUGACAUUAGAAAUUUUGACCUGAAGAUGACACAUGCUGACAUGUUUGUUUCCCCUUCACCUCAACUAACUUUAAAAAAUGCCUUCAACAUGCAUCCUUCACUACACUUCUACGAUCCCUUGUGCCAGCAAUUGCAAAAUAACAGGGUCAUUCUUAAUUGCAACAAAGAUGCUCAGUACUACAAAAGGUCAAAACUUUGGAGUGAGUGAAAAAAUAUUCACUUCUUUGCAACACAAAUAAAUUCAGUGAGUUUGUGUCAGUUAUGAAACCACAAUAAAAAAAAUACUUUAUUCCACAGAGGUGUGGACUUGAGUCAUGUGACUUGAUGUGACUUAGACUCAAGUCAGACUCAAGUCACAGAUUUAAAGACUUUAGACUCAACUUGACAAAAUCAAAAACAGACUUGUUCGGCCUACAACUUGAAUUGGUCUAUAACACGAAUGACUUAUGGCUUCACUUGAACUUGAGUCUUUUGACUUGACAGUUAUUUAUACUUUCUCCAAAGCCCAAAGAUGGAAGAGUAUGUUAUUUAAAAAGUGUUCCACGAAUCAAUUUAUUUUCUAAUUCAUUGAACGUUGCUGUUUCUUCCCGGCUAGUUGAGGUUUAAAUCCCCAGAUGAUCCACCUUAUUUGAACCAAUCUGACAGCAUCCAGUCAAGUUACAGGAGAGAACCAUAAAGAAUUAAUAUUAUGUUACCGAGUGCCAGUGUGAAAAAAAAUUAUACCCAAGAUAAUUUCAUUUGUAUACAAAAACUACGUGGUUGUCAUCGAAAAACCUAAAUUGCAGUAUGCAAAACAUGCAGGUAGAAAGUUACAGACAGAGACGCGGCAUUUAAAGUUGCACAGAGAACAGUGAGUCAAGGCUAAUAUACACAUGGUAAUCUAAUGCUAAGCUUCGCUAACGUUAUCUUCAUCUAACUUCAUCACUCUUGUUAAAAUGGCAUUACAUUUGAUGAAAAGUUGAUUGUGACUUGUUUGGGACUCAUAGUUUAAGACUUGGGACUUGAUGUGGGACUUGUCUGUCUUGACUUGGGACUUGAGUGCAAAGACUUUAGACUUACUUGGGACUUGCAAAACAAUGACUUGAUCCCAAUUCUGCCAUUCCAUCUAUUUAGUCCCAUACUGUGUGUGAACUAUCUGAAACAGUUUCAUAAUAGCAUUCCUAAAAUUCGAAUUUUGCGAUCUGUGUUGGGUCAACACUGUGAGCCAGGAGUAGGUUGUGUCAGGCAAUGAUAAGAUAAUUAGUAUCUUGUUACUUUUGCACAUAUCCAAGGCUUUAGGUAACAUGAAAGUUGACGAUUCAUCAGGAAGAUUUAUUUUGAAAGUUACAUCAGUAGGUACCCUUAGCCUAUAGACUAUCUCAGGUAAUGACACGCUCCUUCCACCUUUUGAUUCUUAACGAACCAUUUGAAAUGAAAUUACAGUGUGCUUCGAACUGAACGCUAUAUUUGUAAUGCCUACCUAAUUAGCAGACAUGAUAGGAUUAUAGAGAAUGGAAAUUAAUUUCUUUUAGUGAAGUGAAAAUUAAUUUAAAAAGGAAGUGAAGGUGGGCAUGGUGGGAUAAAAAUAUGGUACUUUUAGCAUUGCUGUCACAGCUUUCAGUCUGUAUUUGGUUAAAUUAAAAUAUUUGCAUGCAGCAUAUGUAUUUACAGUAUAUUAUGACACACUUCAUGUAUUAUGAAAUCUUUAUCAUUCCACAUUGCAGAGCAAGAAACCGAUUCGUCAUAAAUGUGUUUCUGUUUGGCUAGUGCACUCAAAAAACAGGAGGCCUAAUCUUUAUAAAUCACACCAUCAUUUGCUUUUUCAGAUGAAGGAAGAAAUAUAAUUUUCAGUGUCUUACAUUGCUCUGAUGUAUUGAAUUUACACUACAGUCACGUGUGUGUUCUGUUGUGUGGGACCUCUUAGUGUGUAUGUUUGUGUAGGGUCUAAAUUGACUCUGUGGCUCCAUCUCCUGGUGCAGUGGACUGACAGUACAGCCAGAAACCUACAACUGUGCGUGUGCGUGCAUGUGUGAGAAAAGGACCAGAGACAUGUUUGACUGUGGGUUUUAAUGAAAAAUAAAAACUGUAAGACUUCUGAAAAGAUUCCACACUAUAAAAAAAAAAGAUUGAUCAGGAUUUUGUUGUGUUUUUCGUAAAUUAUAUCAUGUACAACUUAAAUUUCUCCUGAUUUUAUGAACAGACAAUCAUAUAUGUUAUUCUAUCUUUCUCUUGCAUUGAUAGAUUUGUUUAUGAGUAUGAUGUAAAAAUGUUGGAAUAUUUGUAACUUUACAACACAAUCAUGCAAUUGCAUUAUGCUCUCUGACGAUAUAAACUGACCAUUGUGUCUGUAAAAAAUAUCAAGCUGCAGCUCUCUGUAUACAACUUCAUGCUACAGUAUGUUAAGAACUAUUUGUAUUUAUAGGGAAGAGAAUCAAUCAGUCUGACUGUUUGGAUGAGAUUAGAGGUGAGAUGUUCUUCUGUUUCCUUUUUAAUUCUGUGUGCUUUGAUUACAACGAGAUCUUUCUUGUACAGCAUGGAGCCAUACUUGCUGCAUUUUUGUAUUUAAAACAUUUGCAAAAGGCUUCACAUCAGUUUAUAGUAAAUAAAGUGAUUUGGACA